AUGCAUUGUGACGAGGUGCCACACGCCUCCACUCUCCCACGUCGCGGUGGCACUUCCACAUCAGCACUUCCACCGACGUCCUCAGAAAGUAGUAGUAGUGGUGGUGGCGGCAGCAGCAGCAGCAGCAGCAGCAACAGUACGAAUAAUCGACUACGUCUUCCGCCCUCAACAACCCCACUACCCCUUCUCCUUCAACCACCUUCACCUCAGACCACUCGUCGCCGCUUUCCUGCACCUCUACCCGCCCCCAACACUGCCACCCGGCGUGGCAGUCCCCCUAUCCAACGGCCCCCUCCUGUCGCCUCUCGGCCCGAGCAAACUAAAUCCAUUUAUACUAUCCCCGUUGAAGCUCCGGAUGCAACGCCCAAGCCGCACCAUCAAAAUAUUCCUAAUUGCUCCAGCGCGCAGAAGUCCACACGAUCCUCUGAAUGUCCAAUCCCGUGCACUACAACGGUGAGUGCAGCUGGCAGCUGCGGCAGUGGUGGUAGUGAUGGCCAGUUCCCCACCCCAUCCUCUCCUCCCACCAAGGUCGCAACGGCUCCUGUUGACCUGACUUCUGGCAAACAGGAUUGUCAUCAUAGUAAUAACAAGAACCAUCAUCCUCAUAACCAUGAAGGCGACCACAAUGCCAUUUUGGCCAAAAUGAAGUCUAAGAUGACCGACGAAGAGGUGUAUGCUCACCUCAGACUCCUGGUUAGUGAAGGCAGUCCCACAGAUAAAUAUCGCAAGCUGGAGAAGAUUGGACAAGGCGCGACGGGGAUAGUGAGUCUGGGUGUUGAGAUUGCCACGGGUCGACGCGUGGCCAUCAAGCAGAUGAACUUAAAAUUGCAGCCCAAAAAAGAGUUGAUCGUGAACGAAAUCUUCGUGAUGAAGGGAAAUAAACACGUCAACGUGGUCAACUACCUUGAUUCCUAUCUAGUGGAGGCGGAUGAACUUUGGGUUGUCAUGGAAUACCUAGAUGGAGGCUCUCUAACCGAGGUGGUCACCGAGACUCUCAUGGACGAGGGACAGAUUUCUACGGUUUGUAGAGAGGUGGGCUCUUUUCAUUGUCCGUAUCACAGUAAUGAUUCUGCCUCGCAUACACUAGCAAACUCAAAGUUUAUGCAUUGGACCAUUCCAUUUAAUUGCUCUCGAGUUGUUAAGAAGGGGCAAAGACAAAUCCAACCCUCUAGUUCGUCCAUCUCUAAUCUCCUACUUUAUUGUCGGUUCAUCCACCUCGUCUAUGGAUGGGCUAAAUGCACGUUUUGCUUUCCACCGAACUCAUGCACUCCAUUUUUUGAAUCUUCACUUCUUCAUAAUUUGUAG